GCCGCGCGCGUCCCCUCGCCGCCGCCUCCACAGCCAGGCGCCCCGGCAGCAGGCCGCACGGACGCAGCGCGCACGGGCCAGCCGGGAUGCGCGCCCGGGCUCCGGCCCGCCCCAAGCCGCGGCCGCCGCCCGCCCGCCGCGCGCUCGCCUGACCGCGGCGGCGCCCGCUCGCCCGCCCACCCCCGGCCCCUCGCGUCCGGCCCCGGCCGCCAUGCCCGCUCCCCGGGGCCCCGGCGGCCCGCGCCCUUGCUAGGCUGCGGCGGCAUGGCCCGCGCGCCCAGCGCGACCUCUGCGGAUUGCAUCGGUGUGCGGCGGCGGCGGCGGGGCAUGCCCAGGGCACCGGGCGCGGCCUUCAAUGGGCGAGGACACGGACACGCGGAAAAUUAACCACAGCUUCCUGCGGGACCACAGCUAUGUGACUGAAGGUAACGUACGUGUUGUCUGAGACCCCCUCCGGCCGGCCGCGGCGUGGGGAUGCCGUCGCACCGAAUGCCCUCCGAAGCUGACAUUAUCUCCACCGUCGAGUUCAACCACACCGGGGAGCUGCUGGCCACUGGCGACAAGGGCGGCAGGGUUGUCAUCUUCCAGCGGGAACCAGAGAGCAAAAAUGCACCACACAGCCAGGGCGAGUACGACGUGUACAGCACGUUCCAGAGCCACGAGCCUGAGUUCGACUAUCUCAAGAGCCUGGAGAUAGAGGAGAAGAUCAACAAGAUCAAAUGGCUCCCGCAGCAGAACGCUGCCCACUCGCUCCUGUCUACCAACGAUAAGACAAUCAAGCUAUGGAAGAUCACGGAGCGAGACAAACGGCCCGAGGGCUACAACCUGAAGGAUGAAGAAGGGAAACUAAAGGACUUGUCCACCGUGACGUCACUGCAGGUGCCAGUGCUGAAGCCCAUGGACCUUAUGGUGGAGGUGAGCCCACGGAGGAUAUUCGCCAAUGGCCACACCUACCACAUCAACUCCAUCUCCGUGAACAGUGACUGCGAGACGUACAUGUCGGCGGACGACCUGCGGAUCAACCUCUGGCACCUGGCCGUCACCGACAGGAGCUUCAACAUUGUGGACAUCAAGCCGGCCAACAUGGAGGACCUCACGGAGGUGAUCACGGCGUCCGAGUUCCACCCUCACCACUGCAACCUGUUCGUCUACAGCAGCAGCAAGGGCUCCCUGCGGCUGUGCGACAUGCGGGCGGCCGCCCUGUGCGACAAGCAUUCCAAGUUGUUUGAGGAGCCUGAGGAUCCCAGCAACCGUUCCUUCUUCUCAGAAAUUAUCUCCUCUGUGUCCGACGUGAAGUUUAGUCACAGCGGCCGGUACAUGCUGACGCGGGAUUACCUCACGGUCAAGGUCUGGGACCUAAACAUGGAGGCCAGGCCCAUCGAGACCUACCAGGUCCACGACUACCUGCGGAGCAAGCUCUGCUCGCUGUACGAGAAUGACUGCAUCUUUGAUAAAUUCGAGUGUGCCUGGAACGGGAGUGACAGCGUCAUCAUGACCGGCGCUUACAACAACUUCUUCCGCAUGUUUGACCGCAACACAAAGCGGGACGUGACCCUGGAGGCGUCGCGGGAGAGCAGCAAGCCGCGGGCUGUGCUCAAGCCGCGGCGCGUGUGCGUGGGCGGCAAGCGGAGGCGCGACGACAUCAGCGUGGACAGCCUGGACUUCACCAAGAAGAUCCUGCACACGGCCUGGCACCCGGCCGAGAACAUCAUCGCCAUCGCGGCCACCAAUAACCUGUACAUCUUCCAGGACAAGGUCAACUCCGACAUGCGCUAGGAGUCCCCCCGUCCAGCCCCUCCAAAGGACUCACGGCCACACUUCCUCAGUGGACGCGACUGCCCAGCCUGAGGCUCAGGCUCCUUGGUUCACACCCUCCCUGCCCGCCCCAGCUACACGCAGUCAGCCCACAUCGCUCCAGCUUCGCUCUCCACUCCUGCAGACCGUGCUCUGGGGACGCUGGGGCUGGUCCUGCCUGGGCUGCGCUCGGACAAGCCAGCCUUUCUGACCUGUUGGAUCAGUUUGCCCUGGCUCCCAGUGGGUGGAGACUCGCGUUUGAACUUUGGAUGGUGAAUGCGCUGGGGACUGGCAGG